AUGACCUCCAUUACCCGCUCAACACGGCGAGCGGACGGCCACUACCCCAUCCAUCACCUGCCGGCGGGCGCGACACAUACGCGCUCUCAAAACAUCCUUCAGCACGCCGCUACAAGGAACAGCAAGAGGCCUUACGAGCAUUCUGAUCGCGAUUUCGAUGCCUUCAAGUCCAAGAAGGCAAGGAUCACCGUCGAAAUACUAUCAAAGCAGCAGUUCCAGGCGAGAAACUCGUCGUCGGAACACGUCAAUUCGCGACACAAUCCGCCUCCGCCGCCGCCAGCGAGGCAAGUCGCCACGAAGCCUGUCCCACCGAAGCCCGUCAGCGCACCUCCCGCUGCCGCCGCGCCCAUAGCACCGCCGCCAGCAGCAGCACCCAACACCCAGCCGUCGCUUACGAAACAUCAAGAAAAGGUCAUUAAUGGAAUUAAACACGAGCUCAAUCGGCUACAACCCAAUGCAGCUGACACCAAGGAGCAAGGCCGAAAGCUGCGGUCGCAGGAGGCUACGCGGUUCAAGAGCGAGCUGUCAGCCUACUUUCCCGACUAUGACGAGGUGAUUGGGAAUGACCCAAGGGAGCAACACAUACUCAACCUUGACACUCCCAUCAUCGUCGUUGACGCUCCGACCUCGUCAGCCGUGCCUCAUAUCUCCUCCGCACCAGAGAGGAGUCGCCAGCCCCACCUGAGACCCGAGCAGCAGAUACGAAGCUACAGCGAUGCAUUGUUCUUUAAGGAUCUAUACGAGGCCCAGAAGAUUGAUUUCGGAUUUCUAGAAGCGCGGUACAAGGGCAAAUCCCUUGAUGACCCCCUGCCAGACUCUUACUUUGAGCCCUCCCACAAAAAGGCCGAGAGGCUCGAAAGAUCGAUCCGCAACUCUGAGAAAGGCCGAGCUCAACAUGAGAAAGAUCAAAUCAUUCGCUUGCUGGAAGGCCUGCAGGGACCAGACUGGCUGAGGACAAUGGGGGUUAGUGGAAUCACAGAAAGUCGCAAGAAGACCUUUGAGCCCGCGCGAGCGCACUUUAUCAAAGGCUGCCAGGCUAUACUAGAGAAAUUCAGACGAUGGAACAUCGAAGAGAAGCGGCGGAAGCUCGAGAAGGAACGAGCUCUUGCGGAAGAAGCUCGAGCCGAAGAAGAAGACGAAGCUAGUGCCGAGGAGGAGGAAGAAGAAGAAGUCGAGGAAGAAAGCGAGUCUCAGGCAUCAGAAGAGGAAGCUGGAGAGGAAGUGGAAGAGGAGGAGGAGGAAGAAGGAGGAGAAGAAGAAGAGAAGUCCGCGAUUGAUCAAGAGGAACAAGACGAUGAUGUUGAAAUGGCUGACGAUGAUGGGGGAGGCAACGAGAGUGACGGCGAUCCACCCGAUUACAGUGACGCCGAUGCUUCGAUCGCCAAGCAGCUUCGCGAAGAAGCUAUGGCAAGAUCGAGAUAUGAUGCAAAGGCUGCAGCGAAAGAGGUUUUACGUCCACCGUCCCCUGAGCCAUACAAGGAGUUCACAUCGUUCUUUGAGAAAAGGUGGCAGCGCGAUGCGGCUCUCAAUAAAAACCGCAGAAGAGGGAGGACUGUGUUGGCUUGGGGUCAACCAGUGCCUGAACCUCCCGAAGUCGAGUUCUAUCUUCCUGAAGAAUAUCGCGACGAGGAGACGCUUAAGACACAUGCCCGACGUCGGCGGCGUGUUCAAAGGAGCCAGAAGCACUAA